AUGGCUGACAAGAAAGAAAUAGUUUCUUCAAGCUCUCAUACCUCUCGUACUAGGCUGCGCAUGGAAGGUGGCUCUGUUCAUUUGAUCCACGAAGAACGAACAAUAGAAGUCACCAGAAUUACUGGUCUUUUUGGUGGGCUCUCCAUUGAUUCGAGCACUCCCAGGCGCCGUUCCUGCUGUACAUAUGGCUCAACCAAAACAUCAUUCAAGCAACAAAAAUUCUACAGAUGCUACGACUGCUUCACUGGAGACAACUUAGGUGUAUGUGAGGGAUGCCGGGAAGUCUGUCACAGUGGACACAGGGUCAAAUGUGAAGGGGUCAUGUCUGCUUACUGCGACUGUGGACUGAAGACUUGCAGAAUCGACUGCUCCCUUGGCUCAAAAUGCACCUAUGACCAAUUUGAGUACAACAAACCCAGAGGCUAUUACGAGUGCUGGACUUGUUGGGGAGGUGAUUCGUGCUUUGGUGUGUGUGAUUUUUGUGCUGAUGACUGUCACUCUGGCCAUCGUCUCAUCUAUCACUCACUGGGUGAAAACGAAAGGUUCUAUUGCGAUUGCGGAAAGUAUAAGCACAAGCAAGCAGUCUGCACUUAUGCCUCUACUAAUCGAGAAUUUGUCAAACAACCAUUCUAUCGUUGCUACACUUGUAUACCUGAUCCGCAUGGGGGCUGCUGCUACCAGUGUGUGAAGAACUGUCACAGAGGGCAUAAUGUGAAAUAUGCUGGAGUUAUGAAUGCCUUUUGCGACUGUGGGCUGGACGGAUGUGCAAUAAUGUGUAAAAUUGCUUCUCCAUAA